UUUCACUGUGGAUUUGAAGAUGGUAACAUUUGUUUGUUUACCCAAGAUGAUACAGACAAUUUUGACUGGACAAAACAAAGUACUGCAACAAGAAAUACAAAGUAUACUCCAAACACUGGACCUAAUGCUGAUCGUAGUGGCUCCAAAGAAGGUUUUUAUAUGUACAUUGAGACAUCUCGACCCAGAUUAGAAGGAGAAAAGGCUCGACUUCUCAGCCCUGUUUUCAGCAUAGCUCCCAAAAACCCUUAUGGACCCACGAACACUGCGUACUGUUUCAGUUUCUUUUAUCACAUGUAUGGACAGCAUAUAGGUGUUUUAAAUGUCUAUCUACGUUUGAAAGGACAGACAACCAUAGAGAAUCCACUGUGGUCUUCAAGUGGGAACAAAGGACAACGAUGGAAUGAGGCACACGUUAAUAUAUAUCCAAUUACUUCAUUUCAGCUCAUUUUUGAAGGUAUUCGAGGUCCUGGCAUAGAAGGUGACAUUGCCAUUGAUGAUGUAUCAAUUGCAGAAGGAGAAUGUGCAAAACAAGACCUAACGACUAAGAAUUCCGUUGAUGGUGCUGUUGGAAUUUUAAUACAUAUAUGGCUUUUUCCGAUUAUCGUCCUCAUCUCUAUCUUAAGUCCUCGAAGGUGACCUUACCCUGGCAGAGGCUAUAAAAGAUUCACCAGGCACUAGCAUGAAGAAAGAGUCUUUGUAAAUGGACACUGAAAAAACAAACUACCAAAGAUUCCUCCACUGACUACUGACUCAAAAAUAAAAUAAUAAAAACAAAUUUUUUUAAGCACUGGGGAUAAAAAGACAUCAUGGAAAUAUAACUUAUUCCGCACUACAGAUAAAAGAAAAUCUUGACCUGAGUAGAGAAGAGACCUUCAGGUGCUUCUAUGGCUAAAAAGAUUACAGCAUCAUCUGGUCAUCUGGUUGAACUCGGAAAAAAAAAAUAAAAAAAAAAAGAGCUAUAGAAAUCCUUGUCAAAGCACAAAGUCAUGGCUGGUUUUGUUUCAAAUGAAUAGUUUGCUUGUUACUAUGGAAACCUAAUGGCCUGCCAACGAAAACCUCACUGUAAACAGGGUACGUGAAGAGCUGGCAUUUAUUUUCCUUUUGAGAAGGUUUUGCAUAGAGAAUUAAAUAAAUGUAGGCCCUUUUACCUUUGGUUGUUACCCUUCCUUGACAAUAACCCGAACUCAGAAUUAUUUAAAACAUUCUUCUUCCUCCCCACCUUAUCCCUAUCCCACCUUUCUUAUUAUUAUUUGUUUUCCUCCCAUGGCUAAGCUAGAUAACUGUAUGCUGUCUCUUUUUGCAUGCACUACUAUCCAGGAUGGUAUAAACCUGGGCUUACACAUUACACAGGCUUAUUGGAGUUUGCUUGCGGCCACUUGAACACCCAAACUAAGUCAUCUGUUCCAACGAAGAAACCAAACCACCAUCUUUUAUAAAUUGCCAUGGAAACCAAGUGCCUUCAAUGAGACAAGCCUGAAUAAUUUUCAACUCAGAAGCUUGCACUGCUAAGAGUGGUUUGUGUAAAACUAUUUUAUAAACAAACUACAGAGCCUAAAUGUGCAAAUUACAGGCAAGACAACAAAGCCGCUUCUGAAGAAGAAAGGACCGAAGCUGCUGCGUAAGCCCAUGCAGACGAGAUAUUUGUUGUUUGACCUCCUAGACAGCCAUGGCCUUUUGGCUUAUUGUCCAUUAGAAAAUAACUUCCAUUGAGACCAGACAUGGGGGCAACACUUUUUUUCUUCCAGGUUAUUAAAUGGGUCAACCAGAACAAAAGGUUGCUAAGAUAAUAAUUAGCGCAGAAGGUGGUAAAACACAAGCGUGAUUUUUUACUCUAACCUCCAUUUGAAGUGAAAUUGGCCCUAGCUUUAGAGGGAACAAGAAAAUGUCUGUGAUUGCAGUGCAUACAAACUCUACAGUGGAACUGGGCCUGAAAAAUCUGGCUUUAUUCUAAACACUGAGGGUAAUAUGCCUCUGCCCUUUAGUCAGACUCUGUGCAAAUUGUGAAAUAUUAUUUUAUUAUUUUGCCAAGAUUAAAAAACACUUUUACAAAAAAACAAAAACCUGUAAAAAUGAUUUUGAGCUACCUGAGGACAAAUCAUACCUUUAACCAGCCAGUUUUCCAGUGCAUUGUAAAUUUCACUUAAACCUGUUGGUUAUGAAAAUUUGAAGAUCUUUUUCCUUAAAUUAUCUCAGCUUUUAACUUCAUUUAAAAAGACUUUGUCUAAAGAAGAAUACUAUUAUUAUUAUUAUUAUAUGUUCUUUCAACACCCCAGGAUUAAAAAACUGAUUAUGCAAGUAAUUGGGAUAUAAGUAUUAAAUUAUAACAUUUGCAAAUAUUAAUAUAAAAAGCACAACAAAAUGUAGUGGAAAAAUGACAAAGCUUGAUUUUUUUUAAAAGAAAAUUCUGUAGAAAUGUUUGUGCAAAUUCAGUAAUUCAACUUAAAAGAUAAUUUUACAGCUAUGUUCAAUAAAGCCUCUUUCCAGGUAAGGUAUGAAAAGCAGUAUGUGUGUUUGUUGAACAAUGUUCACUUAUCACCAAAAUGAGACUAGUUAUACAAUCUACUGGUUAUGUUACCAUGGGAUAAAUCUUCAGUGCUUCAUAUACUGUAAGGUCUGCAGGAAGAAAUUCUGAUAGGGAAUCUCUGAUGCACUCUCCCUUAUAUGUAAUACAUGUUAAAAAAAAAAUCAAACUUUCGAAAGUAAAAUAUGAAACAAAUAUGAACUUGGAAUUUAAUGUGUAUUUUCAUAGUUAAGAAGGGGACCAGUCUGAAUAUUCCAGUAGUAAUAGAAUCGAACUAACUCAAGUUCUUUAAAUUAAGUAGAAUAAACAUAUGAAUUUAAUAACAUAUUUGAACAGAUCAGGCAUAUUGAAAAACAUUUCAAAAUUAUAGUCACCUAUCUAUUUUAUCAAACCAAAGAAAUUAAACAAUAUUUGAGGCACUUAGCUUAAUAUUUACUAAAUCUUCCUUCACCUUGACUUCCGUUUUAUGUGGCAACUAACCACUUCUCUCCACUCUCCCAUAUUAGCGAAUCAUAUUUUUUAAUUGAUUUUCUGCAAUUCAUUUCUGAUACUAUCAAUAAAAAUAUUCUAGAUCAAAAGAGAGGCUUAACUCAUUGCACCUGACUUUCUUUCCUUGAUCUUUAUUUGAGUGAAGCUUUUGCUAAAAUCACAACAAAACAAAAUCUACAUUCAGAAUAUUUGGAUAUGUAUAUGUCCUUCCCAGAAAAAGAAUCAAGUUUUUCUCCUAAGUCACCCUGCACAAAGAAACUGCUGUCAGCAAAAGAUACAGUUCUACUACUUAACAUUCACAAAAUACUAGUCUUUCUAUAACCUUUCACACAGUAAGAAUACACAAGCCUUCAGAAGUUCAUGAGAACUGGCUGGUACUCCAAAAAGUAAUUUUGAUUAAAUGAGAAAUUGCAGAUGAGUGCCAAAAACAAAAGAGUAAUCAGAACUGCAAAUCAAUCAACUUUAUUGAUAUGGUAACAAAUUAAAAUAUAUAACUCAAAUGGGUUCUAGAUCGCUUAUAUAAACCAACAAACAGAAUCAAUGUUUUUCACUCAGAGCAAAUGUUUAGUUGCUAUAAUUGAAAGGCAAUGGAUAAAAAUGCAGAAAUUUUUAAAAGGUUGGUAUACAGGACAUGUAAAUUGUGAGGUAUUCCCUUCUUUAAUAUUAGUUAUAAUAAUGACAACUUUAAAGCACUUAACCUGCUUAUCAACUGCCUUCCUUUUCCUAAUACUUUUGUAUAUGAGUUGAACUCUCCAACGUAUUCCCCCUUUUCCUUUUUGAUAACAUUUUAAAUGUAAUCGAUGCCAGUGUUUCGUUGUUGUUGUUCUCUCAUAGGAAGGCAUUAGGCAAUGGAGUUUUUAAUUUCCUGGGAGAAAGAUUAUAUCAUAUAAUCUACUGCCAGUAGUUGACCCUAAUUAAUAAGAAGCAUUAAUCUGUUUCAUCAGUUCAAAGAUGCUUGUCCCUCCACAUUUUAAUAUCUCUGCAAUCAGGCAUAUUUUAAUUACAAUUAGCAGCAUUUCUGUGUAGUGAUAUAUAAAAUAAGAGUGCAUCCUAAAAACAAUGGCAUCUUAGUUAUUGAAAUUCACCAAAGUUUCCAAAAGUUUCAAAUCCUGCCCAGUGUUACUACUUUUCAAUAGAAAUAAUGGCCACUUCAUUUUUGUAGGAUUUAUAUUACUUAUUGAAUACACAUUACUUAAAAAUAACAUAACUUUUAUUUUUUGCUUUUUAAAAAUUUGAGUCUUCUCUUACAUACAUUGUAAUACAAACCUAGCCCUGCUUUCUUUUUCUUUUUUUCCUGCUACAUAUUUUUUAGUUCUAUCAUGAAUUACAAUAUGCCAGGUACCCCUGGAUUAAAAUGUUUUCUGUUUUUAUGUGAUUCAUAGCACUUAAUGCGUUAGAAGUUUGGCCUGCCAUUAAAUUUUCUUUCAGAGAUUUGAAAAAUGCAUGGUGCCACACAAUGUCAUGUAAUAGGCUAAACUAAUGGUAUUUCACUUCACCUACAUCACAGUAUCGACUUUGGCAUGGCAAUGAAUUGUGAUAAUUACAAUAAUGAGAAUUGCAAACCAGCUGGUCAGUCACAUCAUGUUAAAAAUGAUUUAAAAAAAUACCAUUCUUUACUUUUAUAUUUUAAAAUAUGACAAAAUAUGAAUGACAACUGUACUAACUUUUCACCAAACAUGCAUUUUUAUUUUAAAGACUUUAUAAUAAACUUAUCUG